AUGGCCACGGAUGACGACUCAAAAAUUGCCAAGCCCGGACCCCGGUCAGGAGAGCCGCCCUUCCAGCUGAAGUGUGAGCCGGAGGACUACUUGACGAUCAAAUGGGAGCCCGAGAUCUGCACGGCUGAGAUCAAGAUCGAAAACAUCACUAGUAGUCGCCAGACAUUCAAGGUGAGGGGCACCUCGAACGGCAUGUUCCGCAUAAAGCCCCCGAUCGGCAUGCUGAACGCUGGCCAAUCGGCCACCGUCCGCAUCACGUGCAAAUCGACCAAGAUGCCGGAAAACCAUCGCCACUACUUUGCCAUCUACCACUUUCAAGUUGAUGACGCCCGGCUGGGCCCCGAGGAAAAACCGCGAACUCUCUGGAAGACUGACUAUACCGUGGAUGGUGUGACGAGGAUCGUCGCUCUAUUUGAGACCGGUGCAAAGAAAGAGGAACCGGAGGAAAACAAGGAAGAGAACGAUGAUGAUAAGAACGAUCACGAAAAGCAGGAC